UAAUAUAGCGGAAGUAAUCGUGAUAAUUUUCUGAACAAGAAAAUGCUUUUUUCAGGAAUUGCUUUUUUGUUUUUUCCCCUCAAAGAUGAUAAUCUUACUGCUGAUUAUACGUUGUUCUUUUGAUCAAGAGUAAAUAUAACAAACUUGUAAAAAAUCUCAUGUUCCUUAGCUGAUGGUGUAACGUCCUAACUGCAUCGUUAUGAAGCAUGUGAUUGAAAGGGAGAUGCCAGAUUGUGAACAGGACCAUUCAUCAGAACUGACGCUUGAGGGGACUUUUGUGGGAGUUCUGGGGUCAGAGGUGACCACAAAGGCCCCAGGUCCCACCAAGGAGGGUGAAGAGAUUCUGGUGCUGAGCCAAGUGGAGGAAUCAGUUGGGUACUUUUGCCAUAGACUGAAUUAUACAAAGAAGUAUAUUCAGGUGUCUGAUGAAAGUCCUUCAGAUACUGAUACAAACACUGGGCCCUCUGUCUCUCCCCCCUCAAACAGAUGUGAGACUCCUGGUAAAAAAUUCAGCUGUAAACUAUGUGGAGUGGAGUACCGCCGCAAAGCAAACCUGGUGUCUCACAUGCGAAUACACACUGGAGAGACUCCGUACUGCUGUGAACUGUGUGGGAAAGCGUUUCGACGUUCAGACUGGCUUAAAUUGCACUUGAAUGUCCACAUGGGUGAAAAACGACAGAGAGCAAAGCGCUUUGUUUGCGAUCAGUGUGGAGUGAAAUUUGAUUGCUCUGCCGCACUCCAAAGUCAUAUAUGGAAACACAAUGGUGAGAGACCACUAUCAUGCCCGCUCUGUGAGAAGACAUUCUACAGUGUUGUUAAUCUCAGAAGCCACCAAAAUGAUUGUCACUCUGAAGAGAAACAGUUUUCAUGCUUUGUGUGUGGACACAGCUUCGCACGCCUUCAUACGCUGCAGAAACACACACGGAUUCACACUGGAGAGAAACCGUUCUCCUGUUCAGAGUGUGGAAAAAGUUAUCGUUAUAAAUAUUCUUUGUUAUUGCAUAAUAAACUACACUCAGACGAAGGCUGACCUGAAUGAUCGUACAUUGCAUUCUUUCAGUCAGAAAAAUAAAAUAAACUAAAUAGGGUCAGUAAUUUAGGGAGGCUCAGGGCAAAAAUGCCCCAAAACUCAAAAUGUCAAGUCACUAAAUGCAAUUGUAAUUAAUUAUUAUUUUUUUUUUCAUCAGUAACAUCUAAAUUAUUUGUGAGAAUUUGUAUUAGUGAAUCAAUUGAAGUAUUUGAUAUAAAUGGAUGAGACACUUGUUUAUGCUGUAAAUGUUUAGAAAAAAAUAUGUUCUCAUAAGGGUUACAAAUUCCCUGAAAAUCAAUUCAAGGGGGUCAAUAAUGCACUUUAAUAUAAAAGUUAAUUUCUGACUGAAAUUAACACAAAGAAAUUAAAUAACCCUAUAACCCCAUAUGUAUCUGAUUUGAUAUACAAUGUUUGACAGCUCCUGUUUCACUCACUGUUCAAGCUGACGAAUGCCCAAACAAGUGAAAAAAGUGGUUUCAAUGUUUAUAUCGAUCUAUUUAAAAGGGCGGUGGACUUGCACUAAAAGUGACUCUUAUCUUGGGAUAAAUGACAGCGUAGUUUAUUGAAGUAAAAGUGACAGUAAUGAUUAUAUUGCUACUGAUAUUUUAAAAUGAGUAUUUGAUGAAUAUAAGUGACAUGUGCUUGAUUAAAAUGUAGUAUAUUAUUUUAUUGAAAAUCCCAGUUGAAAUCCAUAUGUAUCAAAUAUGAUACAACAGGUUUUGUGGUAUAUCUCUCAAUCACCAUUACAGUCCAACUCUCAAAAAUUUUGUAUCUCUGAAAAGCCCAGGGAGUGAUAAUACCCCAAUAUUUACCAUUGUAGCAUGUAUGGGCUAAGAAAAACGUAAAUAAUAAAUGUCCUACAAAAAUGAAUUGCUGGGCCUCAGGAAAACAAUGACCUUAAAAGCCUAAUAUGUAAAAUAUGAUACGUAAAAAAACAUGUGCUUUGUGUCUAUGGUAUUAAAAACAGUGUAAUGUAAAAAAAAAAAUUAUAAUUAGUUUUCUGAUGUCUUUCAUGUGUCAAUUCAAUGUGGGUUAAUAGUAUCACUUGGGAACUGUUGCUGAGUUAUAGGACACAUUCGUUUGUUUUUAUUCAUUUGUACUCUGUUGGAUAAAUCCAAUUUGUUCUCGAUUUCUCCUGCUGAAAUUUGUGUAA